AUGUUUUGCCGAUGUUUGCACUUGAAAAUCGUCAACUAUUUCGAUGUCACACUUAAUCUCAACAAUGGAAAGUACUGCCCUUACAGAAAGCCUAACAACCAGCCGCUAUACAUUAAUGCAAAGUCAAACCACCCUCCCAACAUAAUCAAACAACUACCUGACUCUAUCAGCCGUAGAAUAUCUGAUAACUCCUGCAACGAAGACGAAUUCAACAAGGCUAUGACGGAAUACGACACUGCCCUGAAAUCCAGCGGACAUACGAAAACUCUAACCCACAACAAGCACAGACAGACCACCCGACCCAGAAGAACCCUACAAAGAAACAUUAUCUGGUACAACCCUCCUUUUAGUAACAACGUACAAACAAACAUCGGCAAAACAUUUCUUAGACUGAUAUCGAAGCAAUUUCUAAAACAUCACGAAUACCAUAGUUUAUACAACAAGAACAACGUAAAGGUCAGCUACAGUUGUAUGGAGAACAUGGGAUCGAUCAUUAACAAACAUAACAAGAAAGUACUAUCUAACAACAACAACCACGACAACAACGAAAGCCUUUGCAACUGCAGAUCUAAAGAAGAGUGCCCGCUCAACAACAAUUGUCUGUCUUCCAGCAUUAUCUACAACGCACAAAUCACCACUACAGAUAACAAAACGACCCCUAAGAACUACAUUGGACUGACUAAAGGAACUUUUAAACAAAGAUUUAAUCAACACAAGGUUACAUUCCGACACAGAAAAUACACUAACGGCACUGAACUAUCCAAAUACAUCUGGCAACUGAAGGACAACUCUGUAAACUUCAACAUAAAAUGGUCCAUUAUUACAAGAGCUAGGCCCUACAACAACACGACGAAAAGAUGCGACCUUUGCCUGACCGAAAAACUCAUGAUUAUUAAGUCCAACAGCAACAACUUGCUGAAAUAA